AUGCUACUCGCCUUUUGCACCUGUCUCCUCUGGCUUUCCACCAUUGGCCUCUGGACUGUCCAGGCUAAGCUCCCCAAUGCCACUGUAAGCACAAGCAGCCUUCCCAGGGGCCUGGCUCCAACCAAUGUUGACUUUGCCUUCAGCCUGUAUCAGCACCUAGUGGCCUUGGCUCCUGACAGGAACAUCUUCAUCUCCCCCGUGAGCAUCUCUAUGGCCUUGGCUAUGCUGUCUCUGGGUACCUCUGGCCACACGAAGACCCAGCUUCUCCAGGGCCUGGGUUUCAACCUUACCGAGAUGUCAGAAAAUGAGAUCCACCAAGGCUUCCAGUACCUCCACUGCCUCCUUGAAGGGUCAGACACCAGCUUGGAAAUGACCAUGGGCAGUGCCUUGUUCCUUGAUCGAAGCCUGGAGCUGCAGGAGUUGUUCUCGGCAGAUGUCAAACGUUACUAUGAGUCAGAGGCCUUGGCUAUAGAUUUCCAGGACUGGGCUAGAGCCAGCAGACAGAUCAAUGAGUAUAUCAAGAAUAAGACUCAAGGGAAAAUUGGGGAUGUGUUUUCAGAUCUGGAUAGCCCAGCCAUCCUCACCAUGGUUGACUACAUAUUCUUCAAAGGCACGUGGGCACACUUCUUUGACCCAAAAAGGACCAGGGAGAUGAAUUUCUACGUGAAUGAGACGAUGACAGUGAAGGUGCCCAUGAUGUUUCAGUCAAGCUCCAUCCAGUACCUUCAUGACUCGGUGCUCCCCUGCCAACUGGUACAGCUGUACUACGUGGGCAAUGGGACAGUCUUCUUCGUCCUUCCAGACCAGGGGAAGAUGGACACCGUCAUCAACGCACUGAGCCGGGACACAAUUCAGAGGUGGUCCAGUUCCCUGACAAGACGCCAGGUGGAACUGCGCAUCCCGAAGGUCUCCAUCGCCAGCACCCACGACCUGGGUGUGCUGACUGAUAUGGGCAUUGCAGACUUGUUCACGGAGCAUGCAGACCUUUCGGGCAUCACACAGGGGGCUCCUUUGGAGGGACCAAAGGUGGUCCACAAGGCCGUGCUGCAACUUGAUGAGAAGGGACAAAAGCCUGCUCCCCCCAGGAAGGUGGCACCAAAGCAGGAUAUGGAGCCACCCACCAUCCACUUCAACCGGCCCUUCCUCAUCAUGAUCUUUGACGACUACACUUGGAGCAGCCUGGUCCUAGGCAAGGUUAUGAACCCAACAUAA